AUUUUAAGUAAUUGCCCAGAGUACGUUCUGGGAUUGAGAUUCAAAGCCAGCGAAUGCUAUUCCAGAGCCUGAGUUAACCUGCAAGGUGCCCAAAGGAAGACGCCUAAAAGAUGCCAGAUUCCUCCGCUUUUCGCCCUGAACUAAAUUGCCGUGAAACUCCCUUGUAGAAGAGUUGCACUAUUGAAAACCACCUAUGUAGCGUAGUCCGCGCACUUUUCACCGAUGAUUCUUGAUCCAAAUCGCCUACUCCUCUGUAGAGCCCAGUUCAUGGAACGGAAGGCCCAGGGGCCGCCGUCCCCACCAGUGAUGGAGAACGGCACACAGCCCUGCGAAGAGCGCCCACCCGCGGUCCCGGCGGCGACUGUCACCGAGGGCGCUGCCAAGAUCGCCUUCCCCAGCGCGAACGAGGUUUUCUACAACCCGGUGCAGGAGUUCAACCGGGACCUGACGUGUGCUGUGAUCACAGAGUUUGCUCGAAUUCAUCUUGGGGCAAAAGGAAUCCAGAUCAAGGUGCCGGGAGAGAAGGACUUGGAAAACGUGGCUGUGAGCUUGUCUGAGCAAGAGGAGGGAAAGGCUGAACAGAAAGAAAAUGAAACUGUGGCCCAAGGAAACCAGGCGCGGACAGCUGCAGUUGGUGAGAUCUGUGAGGAAGGUCUGCGGGUGCUGGAAGGCCUGGCAGCUUCUGGUCUGCGCUCCAUCAGAUUUGCACUAGAGGUUCCUGGCCUCCAGUGUGUGGUUGCCAACGACGCCUCUGCCCGGGCUGUAGAGCUUAUACACAGAAAUGUGCAGCUCAACGGGGUGGCACAUCUUGUACAGCCCAGCCAGGCAGAUGCCCGGAUGCUGAUGUACCAACACCAAAAGGUACCCGAGCGUUUUGAUGUCAUUGACCUGGACCCCUAUGGCAGCCCGGCCCCCUUCCUGGAUGCAGCGGUGCAGGCUGUGAGUGAUGGAGGGCUUCUGUGUGUCACCUGCACAGACAUGGCAGUAUUGGCUGGGAACAGUGGAGAGACGUGCUACAGCAAAUAUGGGGCCAUGGCCCUCAAGAGCCGGGCCUGCCAUGAGAUGGCCCUGCGGAUUGUGCUGCAUAGCCUGGACCUGCAUGCCAACUGCUACCAGCGCUUCAUCGUGCCUCUGCUCAGCAUCAGUGCUGACUUCUAUGUCCGGGUUUUUGUGCGCGUUUUCACAGGCCAGGCCAAGGUUAAGUCCUCAGCCAGCAAGCAGGCCCUGGUGUUCCAGUGUGUGGGCUGCGGAGCCUUCUACCUGCAGCGCCUUGGCAAAGCUUCAAGAGAUCCUGGUGGCAGGGUCAAGUUCUCUGCCGCCUGUGGUCCUCCAGUGACCCCUGAGUGUGAGCACUGUGGCCAGCGACACCAGCUUGGAGGCCCUAUGUGGGCAGAGCCCAUCCAUGACCUGGACUUCGUGGGCAGAGUUCUGGAGGCAGUGACCGCAAAUCCUGGCCGCUUCCACACUUCCAAGCGGAUCCAAGGAGUCCUCAGUGUUGUUAGCGAGGAACUUCCCGAUGUUCCUCUCUACUACACGCUGGACCAUCUGAGCAGCACCAUCCACUGCAACACACCCCGCCUUCUGCAGCUUCGGUCUGCUCUCCUUCACGCCGGCUUCCGAGUCUCUCUCUCCCAUGCUUGUAAGAACGCAGUGAAGACAGAUGCUCCCCCUGUAGCUCUCUGGGACAUCAUGCGUUGCUGGGAGAAGGAGUGUCCAGUGAAACGGGAGCGGCUGUCACAGAGCAGCCCAGCAUUCCGGAUUCUUGCCGUGGAGCCCAGGCUGAAGGCCAACUUCAACAUCCGGGAAGACGCCAACCCCAGCUCCCGCCAGCGAGGACUUAAGCGCUUCCAGGCCAACCCAGAAGCCAACUGGGGUCCCCGGCCCCGUGCCCGGCCAGGGGGCAAGGCAGCCAGUGAAGGUCUAGUGGCAAGGCGGCUGCUACAGAAGAAGCGGAAGGAGCCUGCUGAGGACCCAGCCCAGCGGGCAGCUCGCCUCAAGACAUUUCCUUGCAAACGAUUCAAAGAGGGUACCUGUCAACGAGGGGACCAGUGCUGUUACUCGCACAGUCCCGCAGCUCCUGUGGCCUCUGCUGAUAACCCCCUCACAGACUGUCCAGAGACUACCACCAAGAUCUCCCCAGAACCAGAGGCUGCUGAUGGGGGCAUUGCCGGACCGGGUGUGGACUGAGACAAUAAAGAGAUGUAACCUGUUGUCAUUUUGAGUGUGGAGGUUGUCUACCUGACCAAGGGGAUGUUGUUCCUGCCUGAUGCUGUUCCUUUAAGUCUGACAUGGAAACUGAUCUGGUGGCUCAGG